CGCCUCUCCCUCGCUCUCCCUCACGCCGUGUCUCUUCAAAGCGGUUGUUACUGCGCGGCCCCUGCACAUCAUUCCACUGCGAUGGAAAUUAAAUGAAGGUGGCUUAACGAACGGAUCCAGGCAUGCUUUGAAGGAUGUAGCCGAGGGAAGCGCCACUGCCAGAUCAUUUUCCACAGGCUGUGGAUUUGUGCCGCUGAUGCGAGGACACAGCAAUCACUCAGCCGUGCAGAAGCCCCGACAAGAGGACUAAUCUCUCCACCUGACUUGUGGAAGCUACAGCUUUUUUUUUCCCUGCAUUAUUUAUCCCCACCGCUAAAGACAGUGGGACAAUGGAGCCAGCUACCUGAAGUAGAUGAUCAAUUUGUAGCCUUGGACGGACAGACCACAGUUUGCUGCGCACAUGGAUGUGUUUAGCUUUGUGAAGAUGCCAAAGCUGUCAGGCCAUAGGACCAAGUCAUCAGGCUGGCUGCCGCCUGGCACCUGCAGCACUGCACAUGGACCCCCCAAUGGAUGGGACAUGGCCACCAAUAGAGACGGGAGAGACUUCUACAUCAACCACGUGUCCCAAAGCAGCUCCUUGGAGGAGGUUCGUCUGGACGGGGACAAGUUUGUACCUCCGGCCCCCCGUAAGGUGGAGAUGAAACGAGAUCCAGUCCUGGGCUUUGGCUUUGUGGCAGGCAGUGAAAAACCAGUGGUGGUUCGGUCAGUCACACCAGGAGGUCCCUCUGAGGGCAGACUGACCCCCGGAGACGAGAUCAUCAUGAUUAACGAUGAGCUGGUCAGCUCCGCCCCCAGGGAGAUGGUCAUCGACCUCGUCAGGAGCUGCAAAGAAUCCAUUGUUUUGACAGUGGUUCUACCAUACACAUCACCCAAAUCUGCGUUCAUCAGUGCAGCCAAAAAGGCCAAGUUAAAGUCUAAUCCAGUGAAAGUCCGCUUCGCAGAGGAGGUCAUCAUUAACGGUCAAGUCCCGGAAUCUGUGAAGGACAACUCUCUACUCUUCAUGACAAAUGUUCUGAAGGUGUACCUGGAGAACGGACAGACCAAAUCCUUUAAGUUUGACAGGAACACAUCCAUUAAGGAUGUCAUCUUGACCCUGCAAGAGAAGCUCUUCAUUAAGAGUAUAGAACACUUCUCACUGAUGCUGGAGCACAGACACGAGGGCUCGGCCAGCAGACUCAUGCUCCUCCACGAGCAGGAGAUGUUAACUCAGGCAACACAGAGACCAGGUGCGCACAAGAUGAAAUGCUUCUUCCGCAUCAGCUUUGUACCGAAGGACCCCAUUGACCUCCUGAGGAGAGAUGCAGUGGCGUUUGAAUACCUCUAUGUUCAGAGCUGUAAUGACGUGGUGCUGGAGAGAUUUGGGUCAGAGCUGAAAUACGACACAGCCCUGCGUCUGGCUGCCUUGCAGAUGUACAUCCUCACCAUUAACACCAAACAAUCGCAGAAAGUCUCCCUCAAGUACAUUGAGAAGGAGUGGGGUUUGGCACUGUUCCUCCCUCCUGCAGUACUAUCCAGUAUGAAAGAGAAGAACAUCAAGAAAGCCCUAACACACAUUCUCAAAACCAACCAGAAUCUGGUACCUCCUGGAAAAAAGCUGUCAGCAUUGCAGGCCAAGGUCCACUAUCUGAAGUAUCUCAGUGACCUGAGACUGUAUGGAGGGCGGGUGUUUAAAUCUAUACUGCUGCAAGGUGAGAAGCACACAGAGGUGACUCUACUAGUGGGUCCCAGGUAUGGCAUCAGUCAUGUGAUCAACACCAAGACUAACCUGGUGGCGCUGCUUGCUGAUUUCAGCCACGUCAACCGCAUCGAGAUGUACACAGAGGACGAGAAGAACGUCAGGGUAGAGCUACAUGUUCUGGAUGUGAAGCCCAUCACUCUGCUAAUGGAGUCCACUGAUGCAAUGAAUCUGGCCUGUCUGACUGCUGGAUACUACAGACUACUGGUGAACUCUCGACGUUCCAUCUUCAACGUGGUCAAACCAGGGAAUGUAGACAACACCGGCCAUGACUCCAGAGUAAAGCAGGUCUACCAGGCCAUAGAGUGGACAUACAGCGCUUCCUUUAGGGGAUGUGAGGAGCACCAGCACCACAACAACCAGCGCUGCACCAGAGAGCCCUCCACCAAUAGAGACACAGACUACAUGGACCCUGGUUAUAUCACUGAGAUCCAGCAGCCGCCCCAGUACUGCAUGCAAAUGGCAGAGAGGGUGGAUGCCAGAGGGGGAACCAGUGGUCCAACACAUCUCCAACCCUACCUCUGUGUCCCCAGGCCCAAACCCCAGGACUCCCCCCGCAGUGCCAAGGUCUCCUUCACCUUCGGGGAUCCUCUGUUAGACAGUGUGGACCCCCAGAACCUGGGAUACCAGAGGCUGAUGGAGGAAGGCCCAGAGGUUCUACACGACCCCAUGUAUGAGCGACUAGAUGAGGAUUACAACAGCAGGGAUCUCAUGGGGAUGGCCGGGGAGGGAUAUCCGUACGUUGACAAAAUCUUCGGCAACACCGAGUGCAGUGAGGAGCCGCUGCUGCACGACAUCUGCUAUGCGGAUACCACAGACGCGGACGAGGAUGAGGAGGACAUCAGCUGCGAGGAGGACAUGGGACUGAUGGGGGAUCUGGACAAGGCUAGGUUCCUCACGCUCUCUGGGUCCAGCGAUGACAUCAUCGACCUGACCUCCCUGCCCCCGCCAUGGGAGGGUAAGGACGAGAAAGACAACGAAGAUGUGUUGCUUCACUCCCUCAACCUGGCCAUCGCAGCCCCGCCCCCAGGCUUCAGGGACCGCUCUGAUGAGGACGAGCAGCACGGGGGGGGCCGGGUGCCUGUCAAGAAGAGCCAGGGGACCCGUGAUAAUAUCCCAGUGUCCAUCAUAGACUCAGUCACCACACAGGUGGAGGAGGGCCUUGAGGGGGCCCUGGACGAAGCUGUGGUGUCCACAUUACAGGCCCUGGAAGCCCUGGCAGCUUCUGAGGAGCAGAGCCCAAAACCACAGUCAGAAAAUAGCUCAGGUAUAGAACUAUCAAGGGCAUUUAGCCCCGAGUCCUCGUCAGACUCUGGCAACGAGACUAACUCCUCUGAGAUGACAGAGAGCUCAGAGCUGGUCGCUGCCCAGAAACUGUCUGAAACCCACCUGAGACUGUUUGUGGCCACCACUGAGGGCUACCACACUCUGACUGAGGAGAAAAUAGAGUUGCCUGUAACACAGUAUGAGGACGGGAAGGCCCUGGCCAUACAGCACGACCCUCAGGAGACCCAGGGGGAGGAGGAGGAGGAGGAGGAGAAGAAGAAAGAGGAAGGGGCCAAGUCCCCAGGUGUGUCAUCCACCCAGAUCAUAUACUCAGAAAGGGGAGAGAUGGAGCCAGAGACCAUGGAGACCAAGUCCCCCACCGACUACUUUAGCAAACUGCACAUGGGCUCUUUGAUGAGCAAGCAGCCAGGAAAGCACAGUGACCCUGAGGGCAGGAUUCAGGGAGAUACCAGUGACUCAAGAGAAAAGCAAAACAGCAAAGUCCACUCAAAUAGAGGGGAGCCACCCAAAUAUAAUGCUAUUGUAAGGGAAUCUCCGUACAUGAACCAAUUCGAGUUGGGCCGAACGCCAUAUCCGUAUCGAGAGAAGCCCCCAAGAUAUCACCGGCCGCCUGAAAACAAAGUGGCCAACAAUCUUUCCCCAGACUGUGUGAAUGACUCACAAGCCUCCCUCUCUGGCAGGGUAACAAUUAAGGGAGACAAGCAGGACUGGAAUGAAAGGAGCCAUUGGUUAGACGCUGAGUCACACUCCCAUGCCAAAGACCCCCACAGUACCCAGGAAGCCAAUUUACCCAGCAGCGACCGGCAGCAGCAGCAGUCGAGGAUCCCCUCAGCUGAGCAGGAUGUCACACGGCUAUAUGAGUACCACCUUAGUAAGCACAUGCCAUCGUUACAGAGCAGCGAGGGUGUCCACUCCCUCCAGAGCUCACAGUGUUCCUCCAUAGACGCUGGCUGCAGUACAGGAAGCAGCAGAUGUGUGACGCCCAGGGACUCCCCCCUCUGCGCUGGAGAAAACAUGCAUCUACUUUCGGAGUGUUCCCUCAAGGGAAUGGGCCAUAUGAAUUGGGAGGAGAAGGCGUAUGGCACCCAAGGCCAGGCCACACAGCAAGGCAAGGCUAGACAUCAGACCAUGGACCCCACCCUGCUGAGGAAGAUCCACGCAGCCACCAGUGCCGAGCCUGGGUUCGGUACCGUACGAGGAGAUGACUGCCACCGGAUGCCCAAGAUCAAAGAAACCACAGUGUAGCUUGUACACAGCUGGAGAUGGCUGGUGGGAAAGACUCCUCCUCAGCUCUCUCUGAGGUAAACGCCGCCGCCACCCCCACCACCAACUCACUACCAUCAUUUACCAGUAGCAGCAGCAUGUCCAGAGUCCAGUGUUCCCAGUGUGCCAAAGCAGCAGGGCUGCCACAGCCCUGAGUCCUUUCCACACUGCACCCAGGCAUUCCUCUCAAGCGUACACCCAUGUGAACGUAUCACAAGCAGCCUCAGGAGUCGGAUGUUGAGGAGGAGCUGGAACAGCAUCACACCCUGGAUCUGGGAGCCUCGAAGCGCUGCUGGAAAAAACAAAAGCCACUCUGAAUGGGAGGAGCGCCCAGAGACUCCAGUCACCCGAUGACCCCACCAAGCCACAGAGGGGAGAUUAGCUUUUUCCAAGACACUUUCCAAGAGCUUGUCUCAGGGCUCAGUAUGGUCUGUUAGAUCAGUUAGCUCUCAGUCCUCUGGCAGGAGGCUUUUCAUAGGCGCCUCCAUCUUGCUGCCAGCAUCACUGGAUGCCAAGCAGCUCCGAGCCAUGCCACUACCCAGACUGCACCCCAGGAGGUGGUGGAUGAGCCUGGAGGAGGUGCCACGGGCCCUUCACUCAAUGCUUCCCCAAGAGGAAGACCAACAUGGUUGGGGACGAUGUAGAUGAAGGUAGAGAAAACAUCAUCCCACAGCCGUUCUCUGGAGGUCAAAGAACCCAAUCACUCCCUAGCAACCUCAGUGUUGAGGUAGAGAACACAAUCUCUCUAUACACCUCUGGACCCUCCACUGUGGCUGAACAGCUCAACAUGGCCAGUGUUGUGACUGUGAGUGAUAUGAGUCUUGGAACAAUGCUGGCCCAUGUGAACUCACUGAAGGGAAGACUUACAGCCUCCCCAAGGGAGUCCCAGACACACAGAGAGAUUCCCUUUAGAUAAUGGCCCUGGUGCGCUCCAGUGGAGGUCAGGGAGGGGGCCAGAAAGAGGUCCAGAGGUCAGAGGUAAGGUAGCCCGACCUGUGGAGAUUCAGCCAGCUGCUCUCCAUGAAGGCCCUAGAGUGAGGCAGCGCCUGUAGUCACAUGGCCCUGGUGCACCCUGCUCACCCUGACUCAAUUUCCACAUGCUCUGCUGCUUAACAAAGGCCUGCAUGUCACUGGUGGAGGGCUUUAGCCAUGAGAGCCGGUCAGCGCGAGCUGGUCGCCAAGGUGGACGAGCUGGUCGCCAAGGUGGACAAGCUGGUCGCCAAGGUGGACGAGCUGGUCGCCAAGGUGGACGAGCUGGUUGCCAAGGUGGACGAGCUGGUCACUAAGGUGGACGAGCUGGUAACCAAGGUGGACGAGCUGGUAGCCAAGGUGACUAGUUGGUAGCCAAGGUGACGAGUUGGUAGCCAAGGUAGACGAGCUGGUCGCCAAGGUGGAUGAGCUGGUCGCCAAGGUAGACGAGCUGGUAGCCAAGGUGGACGAGCUGGUAGCCAAGGUGGACGAGCUGGUAGCCAAGGUGAUGAGCUGGAGGUGACGAGCUGGUAGCCAAGGUGAUGAACUGGUAGCCAAGGUGACGAGCUGGUAGCCAAGGUGAUGAACUGGUAGCCAUGGUGAUGAGCUGGAGGUGACGAGCUGGUAGCCAAGGUGACGAGCUGCUAUCCAAGGUGGACGAGCUGGUAGCUAAGGUGGACGAGCUGGUAGCCAAGGUGACGAGCUGGUAUCCAAGGUGACGAGCUGGUAGCCAAGGUGACGAGCUGGUAGCCCAGGUGAUGAGCUGGUAGACAAGGUGACGAGCUGGUAGCCCAGGUGAUGAGCUGGUAGCCAAGGUGACGAGCUGGUAGCCAAGGUGACGAGGUCGUCGUGAGUUAUGUCUGCUUGCAACUGCUGAAACGGCUUCGGGCAGUUCCCCCGAUGACACAUCACUCUACCACCAUGUCUGCUAUUGUCAAUACACUGAGUUGCUCAAUUACAACACUCCCUUACAAGUAAACAGAACAACACGGUUGUCUUUCUGAUUAGUGAUUUCAAAGCCAUACAUUAGAGACAUGGGUUUAUUCGACUCAAACCAAUGUGAAGUGCUGUGACAUACCUUUGCCUUUUCUGAAUCGUGAUGACACUUUUAAAAGAGAUUAUAUUCAGGCCUCUGACCAGAAAAGAAUUCCCCUUAGGGUAUAUACACUGAUAUUACUUGAUAAGUAUACUUUUACAAAUUGAUAAUGGGGUGUAAUGUGUAGAUAGACCUCUAUUGGAUCUGCAUUAUAUUUGUAUUCAUUGUAUUGAAAUAUUAUUUUACACAUGAUACAUAUUAUAUGACAAAGAGCUCUAGACAAGUCAAUGUGGAAGACAAUAAAUUAUAUUAUGUGAUACAGUCCAUUGUGACCUCAAUCUUUUUCAUUUGCUGAAUCCACCGUAGUUUAUGAAUCUUUGCACAUGAUCACUGAGUACUUUCCUGUUAUUUAGGUAGUCAGCACUGUAACAUAUUAAAGGUUUAAAACGCUGCAA